ACUUAAAUUGCAGUUUGAAAACAAUAUCAUAAUGAACUUUUUGUAGCUUAGUGACUUUUACUACUGUAUCAAGCAAACAUGUUGUUUUAGUAUCUGGAGAAUUUCAGCUUCACAUAUCAGACCAAAGGCCAUAGUAUCUAUAGGGAUAUGUGAUCUCGUAUUGUUCAGUUGUAUAGACAAUUGUGCAUGUUCUAAUGUGUACACACAGAUUGGUUUAUACUUUACUCCAGUGUUACUUAAUUCUUCUGUCUGCUUUUAAAUGUGCCAUCGCUGUAUUGCUAUAUAGUUGUAAAUAAGAUUCACUUAAUUACCUUGAAGUCACUGCUGCUUAAAUAGUAGAUCACUGUAGUGAAAUUCCACCCGUUUGCCAGCAAACACAAAGAAUUAUGUGCAAAAUUUUCAGCUCAGGGCUGAUUUAAUGGCAAACAUGUAUGUUAUAAUUUCUAACACACACAGGAUCACUGAAGUGAAAGCAUCUCUUGUCAGGUCUUGAACUUUAUUCAGUGGAGUCAAAGGGAGGCUGAAUGUGAAUGUGAAGGACAAUAUAGUAAAAUUAUAAUGAAAAUCUGUCUUUUAAACAACCAACAGCCUAAGGCAAACACACUUUAAUACUAUAGUAAUACAAAAUACAACAAUUGAUUAGUUGCUUUAUAGUGUCUGUCUUUUAGACAUUUUGUGCUCAAAGCACUGAACUGAUUUUCCGUCACUUAUCCGAUUCUUCUCCAUCUUGUGUUUCUUUCAACUGUGCAACAAUUAUGUACAUUUCUAGAUUUUUUCGAGACGGGGGUUUGAAGUUCCAUUCAUUCAUAUAGCGAGAACAAAAAAGUGUUCUCAUGUUUUCUCUGGCAUUAACAGUUUGCACUAAGGUUUUGGUAACAGAUAUAGCAUUCACACCAAACUUCCUGUAUGCUGUACUGACCUGCUGUUUUUCCUGCGUGUUUGUCGCGCUUCUGUGUUCAAGCCUAUCUAGUUUAUGCAGACUUUUUCAGACUAGCAAAGCUCUUUCGGUGUAAUCUGAAUUCAAAUGCACGGGCGAUGCUGUACGUCUAUGUUGUUUCGCCAAACAGAACCGCGAUCGCUCCGCGUGGUGUCACUGUAGACCGCUUAAACUUUUUAAAAAAUCUCUCUUUAACGUCUGAACUCCGCCUACGAUUUCGCCGAGUGACGCGCUAUAAUCGAGCGUCACGGUAUGGACGCGUUUCGUGGCGCGUUUCCGUGAGUCUCAUUCUUCAUUCAGCGUCUACGGAGUUUUGAUGUUCUUUUGACCGCGUUGCCAUCUCACGCGGAAGGAUGGCAUACAGGAAAGACUUAAGGUUCUCGCGUAUUGCUUUGCUCUGGCUCGUGAUGUUGGUUUCAGCGCCGGUGGACGGUCAGAUUGUAUACUCCGUGUCCGAGGAAGUAAAUAUCGGAACUGUCGUCGGGAAUGUGGUGAAGGACAUGCAUUUGAACGUCCAGGAUUUGGAAUCGCGGGCGUUUCAGCUUGUAUUCGGCACGGGCACCAGGUAUUUCGAUGUCGAUCUGAAAUCUGGCGUCUUGUAUGUUGCUAAAAGAAUCGACCGCGAGCGGCUGUGUCCCAAUGCUCCAUCCUGUUCCUUGAAUUUUGAGGCGAUAGUAAACCACCCUCUCAGUCUGAGUCGAGUGAUAGUUGACGUUAACGAUGUAAAUGACAAUUCUCCUGCGUUCCCUGUUAAAACUCAGAUUUUGAACAUCUCUGAAUCAGUGCAACCGGGAGCUGCGUUUUCCUUGAUGAGUGCGGUGGAUGAAGAUGUAGGGCCUUUCUCUGUUAAAAGCUAUAAACUGGGUCCUAAUGAACAUUUCUCGCUCGAAACAAACCAGGGCGGCGAACAUGGCAUGUCUGCGGAGCUAAUCCUUCGAAAAGCUUUAGAUAGAGAGAAAGAACCAGUGAUCCGGCUGAUGCUGACUGCCUCUGAUGGAGGAAAACCGUCCAGGUCUGGGACGCUGCAAGUAAUAGUUAACGUUUUAGAUACAAAUGAUAAUGCGCCGGUGUUCGGCAGUCCGCUUUACAAAGUCCGUGUUAUAGAGAACACACCGCAAGGAACUAAGAUAAUCAAACUCAAUGCUACCGACAUGGAUGAAGGUUCAAAUGGAAAAGUGACAUAUCAGUUUAGCAGUCAUGGUCAGGAAAAAAAUCUUAAUGUAUUUGCAAUCAGUCCUGAUUCUGGAGAGAUUGAAGUUAAAGGAAAUGUUGAUUUUGAGGACAAAAGUUUUUAUGAACUUCGAGUAGAGGCCCAUGAUAAAGCCUCGUCUCCCAUGAUAACAAAUUGUAAAGUACUAAUCGAAGUUAUAGAUGUCAAUGACAAUGCGCCAGAAAUUGUAAUAACGUCCCUGCUGUCUUCUUUAAGGGAAGAUGCAAAAACCGGCACUGCUGUGGCCCUAGUCACAGUUUCUGACAAGGAUGGUGGAAUGAAUGGGAAAGUAAGCUGUAAGUUACUAGGAAAUGGACCUUUCAAACUCGAGUCUUCCUACAAGAAUUAUUACUCUGUUGUUUUGGAAGGCCAGCUUGACAGGGAAAAUAUCUCCAAGUAUAAUGUAACCCUCAUAGCAGUAGACGAAGGAACCCCACCACUUUCCAGCACUAGUGUGGUUUCUGUUGACGUUUCGGAUGUAAAUGACAAUCCUCCAGAAUUUAACGAAAAAAUAAUUUCUGUCUAUGUAAAAGAAAAUACUCCACCAGGAGUCCUCAUUCACACAAUGUCAGCAGUUGACAGAGAUUCAAAUAAAAAUGCGGAAAUUUCUUAUUCCAUAGUGGAUAACAAAACAACAAGCGUAAAUGCUGUUAGUGUUAACUCAUUGACAGGUCAGUUGUAUAACCUACAGUCUUUCAAUUUUGAAGAACAGAAAACACUUAGUUUUCACGUUCAGGCUACCGACUCUGGUGUUCCUCCUCUGAGCAGUAAGGCGACUGUAAAUGUGUUUAUUCUGGACGAGAACGACAACAGUCCGGUUAUUUUAGCUCCUUAUUCUGAACCUGGAUCAGUUAAUAGUGAGAACAUUCCCUACUCUGCUGAAGCGGGAUACUUUGUAGCCAAGAUCAGAUCUGUUGAUGCUGACUCUGGAUAUAACGCACUUCUGUCUUAUCAUCUAACUGAACCCAAAGGAACCAAUCUGUUCCGCAUCGGAAGCAGUUCUGGAGAAAUAAGGACUAAGAGACGAAUGAGUGACAACGACUUAAAAACUCACCCACUUCUCAUCACAGUGUCUGAUAAUGGAGAGCCAUCACUCUCAGCGACUAUGUCCAUGGAUGUUGUGGUUGUUGAGAGUCUGGAUGACAUAAAGACCUCCUUCCGAGAAGUUCCUGUUAAAGAGGAGAGUUUUUCAGAUCUGAAUCUGUAUCUGCUCGUCUCUAUCGUCUCAGUAUCAGUCAUCUUUUUACUGAGUCUGGUGGGUUUGAUAGCAGCUAAAUGCUACAGGACAGACAGCAGUUUCAGCAGGUACAGCGCUCCAGUGAUCAGCACACAUCCAGACGGAAGCUGGUCUUACUCCAAAUCGACGCAACAGUACGACGUUUGUUUUAGCUCAGACACAAUGAAGAGCGACAUGGUGGUUUUCCCUUCGCCAUUUCCACCAGCUGAGGCUGAACUGAUCAGCAUUCAUGGAGAAGAUACUUUUACACGAACCCAAACUCUUCCUACCACUGGGAAGCCCAAAGGACCGAAUGCUGACUGGCGUUACUCUGCGUCGUUGAGGGCAGGAGUGCAGAGUUCCGUGCAUAUGGAGGAGGCAUCAGCUGUGAUGCAGGGAGCGCAAGGCAUGCUAGUCCAGAACUGGCCGACGGUCUCCAGUGCAGCAGACGGGGAGGGAGAGGGACAGCUGUCUCCUCCUGUCGGAGCCGGGAUCAACAGUAACAGCUGGAGCUUCCGCUACGGUGCAGGCCCCGGCUACGGCCCUCCACAAGCCCUGAAGCCGGGAGAAAUCCCACCUGAAGCCUUCAUCAUACCCGGCUCUCCUGCCAUCAUCUCCAUCCGACAGGACCCGGGAGCCGUAGAUGAUAAGGGCGAGUUCAUCACCUUUGGAAAGAAAGAGGAGAAGAAGAAGAAAAAGAAGAAGAAGGAAAAGAAGGACAAGAAGGAUAAGGGAAAAGAUGAUGGCGAGGAGUAACAAAGAACGUCCCACUACAAUAAUACAGCUAUCAACUUAUGUUUGUAGCGAGCGCUGACAGAAAGAGAAAACCAAAAAUACUGAAAAUGUAAAUAGAGGAGAAAUUCCUUCUGUAUACCUUACUUACCAAUUCCAGUUGAAGAAAGAAGAGAGUUUGUGCCGCACGCGCAAACAUAAAAAAUCACAAAUUAACCCUGUGAACCUGUGACUCCCGAUUGGCUAUUUUUCUAGUUCCGGCUAUGAAAUUAAUCAGCGAUGGUCAAGAAAGAACUCCAAGCUGCAAAAUGCAAACCAAGCCCGCCCGCACCUUGUAAAUGACAUUUUCAACCACGACGAGGGAAGUCCCUCUCCUCUUUAAAAAGGAUCACGCGAAUCCAGUUAAACUGGAAAUGAACUCAUGCAAUGCCAAGAGUUUUCUCUAACUCCAUCCCUGCCUUCCUCCCUCAACGUCAGAUGGGGAAGAAACAGCCACCCCCUGGCCCCCGUCUCACUCCUUGAUCUGCUGGAAACAAAACUUUGUAAAAGAAAAAAAAAAGGCACUACCACUUUACCAGAAAGCGCGGUGUCUGAUUUCUAGGGCAGAUCAAAAAAUAAACACCUGCAGAGAUGGGAAUGUAGCAGCGAAAUCACUUGCUUUUCACUCACAAAAAAUGUCCUAGAACGGGGCGCAGAGAUCUCUAACGCUUCCGUCCUGCUCCCAAAGUAAUGCAGAAUGAUGCUUCACGCACUAUAUUUUCUAAGAGCAAGUAAAUCUCACCUUAUACGGUCCAAAAAAAUCAUGCACGCCCAUGAUUUGUACAAAUACAAAUGACCAAUCGAUGUGCAUUCUUGCUCUCUAAUGCAUAGCGCGCUACGAACAGGCUGUCCACAUGCUGUACACUUAAAAUCACCACAGGACUGAAGCACAACAGCCUCUCAAAAGUCUGUAAAAUAGUAGAACGGAUGCUUGUGGCUUCAUCUCAAAACACACCCAUUUCCUUUGCUGCUGUUUUGAAUGUUUGAUAGAUGUCAUCCCACUUCCUGCCAGCUUUAUGUCUUAGUCCGGCUACUGCUUGUAACUUUAGCAUAUCUGAUGUUGCCAACCUCCCUUUAUCUGCUGUGCAUUGCUGGCCCCAUGUCAGUACUGCCCCCUGGUGGCUUGUAUCGUACGACGUGACAAGAAAGAGCAGAAAAAUUAAGUUGAUAUAACUGUCACUUCUUCUGCUGGAAACAUAAGCACAGGUACUGGCCCCUACACACACACACACACACACACACAAGACACACCAGUGUUUAUGCUCUCACAGCAGUUGAACCACCAUGGACUAUGCAGCCAUGAUUAUGGGCAUGUUUAACUACAGCAUAUGGUGCUUUCUAGGGCAAAAAUAGAAGUUGAGUGGAGAUUAGACUGAAAAUACCACAAUGGUGGGCAGUACAGAGUUUUUUCUACUGUAUAUAAUCAGUGAUGAGAUAUAGCUUCAUGACCGUUCCAUAGUUGUUGAUUCAAAUUUUGUAAAUAAUGGGAAUGUUUUCUUAACAUCCAGACGUCAUGCUUAAAUUUUAUGUUUUUAAGAGGGAGCGCAUCUCUCUGUUCUUUCCCUGUAGAGAUACCGUUCAGUAAAGGAGAGAUGUUCGUGCUGCUAUGAGACCGUAUCAUCACAAAGCACACAUACACACACACACACACACACACACACUCACUUGAGUCUCUUUCAGGUGUGGUUCAGUGCUGUCAGAUCACCAAGUGACUGUUUUGCAUGUUAAACGCAAUUAAAACAGAAAUUAUAUAUAGAUAUAAAUGAACAGAUAUGUUUUUCAUAAUUAUUUUUUCUCAUUUAUGAUAACCGGAGAUGUGUAUCGUCUCUGCUGAAGUAUGUAGACAUGAAUCCAAUAAUUCAUACACAAACAUACACUGAUUACACACACGCAUAGAGCUUAAAAAAAAAGACAGAAACGAUGUCGGCUCUGUGACGAUCAACAUUAACAUAAACAUUCUAGCUAUAUGUGACGCUGUAGUGUUUUGGUCUAAAUUGCUUUUCUUUACAACCUUAUGAUUUUUUUGCAACUUGAAAGGAUCAAUCCUUCGUUUUGUGCUAGGCUUUGAAAUCAAUAACACUGUAAUGUGAGCCAGUUCAUUCUACCCUAUGAUAUAAACCUCUCCCUCUAAAAAAAAAAAUUAUAAAAUAAAAAAAUAAAAAAAUAAAAAUAAAAAAAAGAUAAAACAGGAAAUAAAAAGGUAUAUGUAUUCUGCUUGUGUGUAGUAAUUAUAUAUCAAUUCAUCCAGUGCCUAAGUGGCACUAUGCUUUUGACUUUGACAGUGCGAAUCUGUUGGACAAAAUUUUUGUACACCUGCUCAUCAGUGUAAUGGUGUUUAUUAUUUUAUAUUACUUUAUGAAAUCUGGUAAUGUGUUUUGUUUAUAAAUCACAAAUAAAGUUUUCUUUCAUAAGUA